AUGGGCACCGAGCUCGGCCUCACCGCCGACUCCAAGCCCGAGGCGCGGCUCGACUCCGUCGGCAUCUGGUGGAUAUGCUGGGCCGCGGUGUGGACGCUGCUCCUGCUCACGGGCACGGGCUUCCUCAUUCUCAAGCGCAACACGCCGAUGCUCAGGAUGCGCGGCAUCGGCCUCUCGCUGUCGGCCAUCUUCCUGCUGCACCUGUUCUGGAUCGCGGUGCAGCUUGGCUAUGUCAUCGGGCCGCUGUAUACCGGAGACACGCAGUAUUGGAUCAUGGGCACGUAUCUGCCGCUGGGCGUCGGCCUCUUCCACGGUUCGAAUUCGCGGUUCCUGCAUAUCGCUCAGCGGCAGAAGCAGUACCUUGAUAGUAGUCAUGCUCAGACGGCGAUCAAGAGCAGCAACAAUAAGGGCAGUCAUGCCAGCUUUCUCGGCCGAUUCCGCAGGCUCGACCACACGGCCAAGGUCGUCCUCCUCGUGGGCUCUGGAAUGCUGUUCCAGCUGUUCAUGACAAUCUUCAUGUAUCUCGUCUCGCGGAAGUGGCAUAGCGCCUGGGGAAUCCCAGGCACGGAAGUUCACGGCACUGAGAUGGAGCAGAAGGUCCAGAUGGGCCGCGGAUGGGAGUGGUGGCCGUCUAUCAUAUGGCAGCUCUUCUGGGCGUGGGUUGUUGCGCCUUUCACGUUGUGGCGUGCGCGUGAUAUCCGGGAUACUCAAGGAUGGCGCACUCAGACCAUUCUGUGUGCGGUUUCGGGCCUCCAUGCAGCUCCCAUGUGGCUGGUUGCCUUGUAUGUCCCAGGAAUGGAAGCAAUCAACCAUCACUUCAUUCCGCCCCAGUGGAUUGCCCUCUCCAUCUGGUUGAUGGAAAUCUUCACCGUCUUCCUCCCCUGCUGGGAAGUCAUCAGCCACCAGGCCCUCUGCCAGGAAACCCUCAACACAAUCGCCCAGUGGGAGAACAACAAGACGGGCCUCGGCAAGGCCAUCCGAUCCAUCAAGUCCAAGACGACCCUCGCCGAGUCCAUCAAGUCCGGUUGGAAAUCAACGCACAGCUCCGGCAAGACAUCGUCCGUCGAGUCUAUUCUGACGCUCAGCGCUCUUGAGCAUGUGCUGCAGAGGAAUCCCGAGCCGCUGCAGCAGUUUUCUGCCCUGAGGGACUUUUCGGGCGAGAAUAUCGCGUUUCUCACGAGCGUCGGGGACUGGAAAGCUUCGUUUCCCGCGUCGGUCCUGAACCGCAACAGCGACAUAUCUGAAGAAACGAGGCGAGAGCUCGUCAGAGAGCGCUUCAACCGCGCUCUUCGCAUCUACACCGAAUACAUCAGCGCCACCGACGCCGCGUUCCCCAUCAACAUCUCCUCCGUGGAGCUCAAGAGGCUCGAGGCCAUCUUUGAGAAGCCCGCCCGCUCCACGUACGGCGAAAGGCAAGACGUGAAUGCCGCAACGCCGUUCGACUGCGGCGACGUGCCCAGGCCCGACUCCGUAAACUCAUCGGAUUCUGAGAAAAGCGCUGGCGACAGCGUGCAGUACUGGGGCAAGGUCCCGGAUGACUUUGAUCAGACCAUCUUCGACGAUGCUGAGAAGUCCAUCAAGUACCUCGUCUUGACGAACACGUGGCCCAAAUUUGUGCGGGAUAGACGGAGCUCGAUGGAAGCGUUUGAAAGUGCUGGAAGCAUCGAGGCUGGCGGUAUGUGCUUUCCGAUUCCGUAUAGUAAUAAGCAGCAGUGA